CAGAGAACGAGAUCUAUCAUGGUCGCCAAUUUUGCUGCAAGAUCUGUUUACAGAUGAUUGAUUGCUUCUUGGACACUUGUCUUGUAACAAACAAUGGUGUAGAGUGCGGGCAUAAAAACUGACGGAAAAUGGCUUUCCAGGCUGCUGCUGUCGAACAGGCAGUACUCCAGUUUUACCAGACAGCCUGUCUCCAUCACCAAGUCCAUCAGUGGUUGACAGCUGCACAGAUCUCCCCCGAUGCCUGGUCCUUCUGCUGGGAACUUCUCAGCACAGACAAGAACACUGAAGUGCAAUAUUUUGGUGCCAACACCUUGCAUGUAAAGAUAUCUAGAUUUUGGUUUGAAAUACCAGAAGACCAGUAUGAAGUGCUGAAGACCCGUCUGCUGGAGAGGAUAAUACAUUUCGGCAGUGGUCCAAAAAUUGUUCUCACUCGACUUUGUGUGGCGUUAUCUGCUAUGAUUCUACAUACAACUCCUAGUAACUGGCACGACCCUCUGAAGACCUUGAUUGACACAUUUCAGCAGGAGGAUAUACCAAACCUCACAAAUUUACAACGUUGUCACCUGUUAUUGGAGACCCUGCGAGUACUACCAGAGGAGUUUUUCAGUGCCAACCUUGCUGAAUACCGCCGUGGGAUUCUGAGAACAGAGCUGGGAAACAGUCUCCAGCAUGUGUUGCCCUUACUGCAGAGCCUGAUGAAUCCAAGCUCCCCUACUGACAUCUUUGAGCAGGCCCUCAAAUGUUUCUCGUCAUGGGUGGAGUUUGGGGUGUCACCAACGGACAGCCAGCAGGUCAUUGUCCAAGUGUUUGCGGCAUUACAAAACAGCCAGCUGUUUGAUACAGCAGUUGAUUCUCUAGUCAGUGUGUUCUCUCAUCCAGACAACCACAGAUAUCCCAACACAAUUCAAAAGCUGAUACCUUCUGUACUACAGUUGAAGGACAUGCACCAGAGAGCUGUGGAAACACCAGAUAUGGAUGUAUGUAAUGGGAUUGCCCAGAUUGUGAUAGCCCUGGCAGAAAACCACACCAAAAUGCUGCUGGAGUGCUCUAUAUGUGAUGAUCAAGAACGCAGGAACAGUGUGAUGAAUCUUAUACAGAUGGUGCUAUCUUGUUGCUCGUUACCUGGACACUUCCCAGUGGAUGAGACCACAAGUGAUAUGUCCUUUACUUUCUGGUACCUACUACAGGAUGACAUACUGGAUGCAGAGAAGGAACGUCAACAGCUCUUAUUACCUAUAUUCCAGCCAAUUUAUUUUUCACUGAUAGAAAUUUUGUUGGUCAAAGUGCAAUAUCCUACAGACGACGAGUAUGAAUCUUGGACUGCAGAGGAAAAGGAACAGUUUCGCUGCUACAGGCAAGACAUUGGUGAUACAAUGAUGUACUCGUUCAGUAUACUUCGGGAGCCGCUGCUAGGUCACCUCUGUAGUGUGUUACAGACAAUGGUGGAAAACUCCCGAGUGGAAGAAGUACGAUGGCAGUUGGUGGAGGGAAUCUUUUUCCUGUUCGGGUCAGUCGCUGAGAAUGUCGACCUUGAAGAGGAGUCCUAUCUACCUGCUGUGUUAAAUAUACUGCCAAAAAUUCCAUUUAACAACAUCAAGUUUGUGUCCACCGCUCUCUACAUGAUUGGGUCCUUUGGAGAGUGGAUCAACUGUCACCCUGAUAGUCUGAGUUCUGUGAUACCACUUAUCCUCCAUGGCCUUGGCAACACUGAGGCUGCUACGGCAGCCACCAUGGCCCUCAAGGAUGUGAGCCGUGAAAACCUCAAUCAUAUGCCACCCUACGCCCACCAAAUACUCACCGCAAGUCAGAGUGCUUUACAGAGUGGAAUUUUAAAGCCAAGAGAGUGUAUACGUCUGAUGUCCUGCAUAGGUCAAGUUCUAUCUGUGUUAAAGUUUGAAGAUAUCCUGCAAUAUUUAAAUACCAUCCUCACACCCCACAUACAGCAACUGGAGGAGCUAGUCAAACAGCAGCCGUCACCGUCCAUAAAGAAUAGUGUGCUGCUGAAACUGAACAUGGUGAGCUGGUUAGUGGCCUCCCUGGACACUGACCGUGACGCCGAUAACAGUCAGAUGGCUGACGGCAAGGCACAGAAGCCGAAGUCUGACCACCCAAAACCUGUGUUUGUGAUAUUACAACAAGUAGCUCCUGUGAUACACCAACUUGUGGCCAAGUGGAUCACCGACUCCAGCAUCAUUGAGGCGGUUUGUGACCUGUUUAAAAGGUCAUUGAGUACGUUAAUGGAUGACUUUGCACCCAUGUCGCAGAGUGUCGCACAGAUGUUGAUACAGAUGUACGGGGUUGUUCCUCAAGCAGCCAUAUUGGAUCUGGCAAAACAGCUGAUCCUUAUGUUUGCUACUGACGCCGAGUUCUCCAACACCAUAAGGUUACUGCUGGCUUCUCUAAGUGAUAAAACACUGCUGCUGUACCAGCAAGGUGUCCAUAACUAUACAGAUGUUAUAGAAGCUUUCAUGGGAUUUAUGGCUCAGGUUUUAAAGAAAAAUAGGCAAUUAGUUUUCGAUGGUACAUGCAGCAUUCCAGGUCUGUUUCAUGCAGGAAUCCAGGCCAUAUGUUUACCAGAACACACCACUGUGAAGUCUGCCUGUUCUUUUCUGAAUGAGUUUAUUAGCAAUGCACCAGAGUGUCCAGCAAUGAAGCAGGUGGUGGAAACAGAAGGACACAUCCUCAUGGACAAAGUUCUCAGGGCUAUAGGUGGUGAAGGGUCACGAGGUGUAAUAGAGCACAUAGCUGACAUUGUCUUCACACUCAGCAAGCACUUCCGACAGAACCUGAAUAAGUGGCUUAAUGAGAUGGUUGAUCGAGAUGGAUAUCCCUCAAUUAGAGUGUCCAAAACUGAAAAGGAAAACUUCGUUAAGAAUAUAGGAAGGGAGAGAAUGAAUAAGAGGAAGGUACGAGAACUGAUCAAAGAGUUCACACUGAAAUGCCGCGGCCUGUUCGGAACUGAAUACGUUGCUCAGGCUGCAGCAAUGCUAUGACAGAGAACCAGUUCUACGAACCGUUGUUGUUAACCUAUAGACUUUGGGCAAAGAAAACCUGUUUAAUGGCAGAUACCAGAGUAUACAGUGUUGUAAACUAAAUGUAGACUUUGGACAAGGUUAAGGGAAGAUAUACCUCGCCUUGUUACAUAUACAAGCAAUAAUGUUGACCCUGUAAUUGGACACGUUUUUGAGAAUCAACGGAGACUACCUGGUAAUAAGGAAAUGAUGUGUAAACUCCUGGAUAAGUUAGAUCUUGUUUUCAUUAGAUCUUUUAAAGCAAGUUAUAGUGUGUGAGAUUUGUCACAAGGGAUUCUAGUGUGUAAGGUUUAUUGUAGUGGGUUGUAGUGUGUGUGAUUUAUUGUAGUGGGUUCUUGUGUAUGAGAUCUGAGAUUUGUCACAAGUGAUUCUGUUGUGUAAAAUUUGUCGUAGCAGGCUCUAUUAUUUGAUCUUUUGUAGCAGGUUCUAGUCUGUGAUAUUUGUCUAACAGGUUCUAGUCUGUGAGAUUUGUCUAACAGGUUCUAUUCUGUGAGAUUUGUUUAACAGGUUCUUGUGCCAGGGAUCUGUUAUACAUGAUUUCAUCAAAGGAGUAUGUCUCUCAACAAACAUAAAAUAAUGAAACAUUUAAAACCAUGGUCAUAUAGGUCGGAGAUUUCUUUUAAAUCCACCCUUUUCCCGGUGUAAGAUAUCCUUGUCUCACCCUAGGGUUGAGACAGGGGCAUUCCCCUAUUCCUAAAAAUUGUAUGAAGUCACAUCAACAAUAUAAUGACAUCACAUCAACAAUGCAUCAACGUCACGUCAACCCUGCAUUUAGCAUGUAACGUUAACAUUACAUUAUGUUUAUGAUACAGAAUGGGUGAACAGGGUACAAGACAAAGAAUCAUUCACACCCUUGUGGUGAGAUUGGGAUCCUCAACUCUCUCGGAAAGAUUCUUAAGUUGCCAUACACUCUGCAAAGCCUCGUGUUUUGCAACUAAAGAAUCUUGCCCCUCGGUUUGAGAUUCCCCAUAUUUCACCCUCAAGGGGGUUAGAGGUUCUAUUAAUACGGCAUACACUUUAAUCUUACAAAGGAUAUGAUUUAUAUAUUCACCACAAAUAGUGAUUUGGGAUAAGGAUUUUCAGUCAGGACAUUCAGAAUUUCAUUGCAGGAAUGAAGCUUUCCUCAUCCAUUACUCAAACUUUAUGAACAUAGAUAAAUAAUCAAUAUUUUGUUUUCUCCUUUAAAAAGAAGGCAUUUUGGUGUGACUGACUUAGGGCUACUCCUAUAAAAUAUCUAUCCCUUCCCAUGACUCUAGGGUUUUUAAAGGGGAACCACCCAUAGAAAAUGCCAAGAAUGCAUCUGUCACUAAUAGAGAUUUAAUCAAUAUUUUGCAUAGAGUAAUUGGCAGGAAACCCAUACAUGGAUAAAAAUGGUUUAUUUUGGGAGUCCUGGGGUUGGGUAUAUUUUCAAUGUGUAUAAUCUUUUUCGGUUUUGUUGUUUUCCAGUCUCAAAUAUGAUGCAGUUUUCCAUUAUGUUGUUGACAUGAAAAUGUUACGCAUUACGUCUUUCUUGGGAUAUCUCUAGCCUACAGACACUGAUUUUAACAUGUUUCCUUCAGAAGCUCUUGUUACAGGCAAUGAAGUUCCUGUCUAGUUUCAAAAAGUGUUUGCUGCAAUGGAAAGCAAGUUAAAUGUUGAUAUGUGAUAAAUACAAUGUAUCUCUAAACUAGUAUUGGUAUGGUAACUAUGAAUCUCCGUUAUAGAAACAGUUCUAGAUAAAAUGUGGAAUCACCUUUAUUGAAGGUAAAAUAUCCAUAAUGUGCCAUGCUGAUAUGCAAGUAUUGUUUCAGAUAUUGGUCACAACCUAUUGUUGAUUUAAAUAACUGAUAGAUCAGUCUAUGAUAUUGUCUUUUUGUCUCUCCAUGUACAAUUGUACUUUGAUACAAGUAUAACAACAUAUGUUACAAUAGUUUUAUACAAAUGUUUCUCAUUAUAAAAUGCACCACAUUGACAAAUACACAAGAUUGGAAUUUGUUCCUGAAUUUUUAUUGGUUUACGGAGGAGGAACUAUGUAGUGACAGGUGUUUUUGACCUGCACUGUAGUGAGAGUUGUUUGCAUGUUUGUUUGAUUUGUACUGUAGGAAUUGUUUGUGACUUGUACUAAAAUUGAAAUGUGAUUUUUGACAGAUGAUGUCAUACCAUUGUAUAAAUUGUAAUAGAAUAUGUUUGCCUAUUCAGUCAUUGGUUAGAUAUUUGUGAGAAUUAUUUUUCUGACAGAAUUAGGUUUACUGUAAGAUUAAAAUAUCAUGUAUCAAUUUAAGGGAGUAUAAUUACUGUCGAUAAUGCUCAGGACAUGCAUGAAAUUUUAGGAAGAUUAAGAUUACCAGCAGGUAAAGUUAUUUUAAAGGUGAUGAAUUAACCUUUCUCCACUGUAGACCUUAAUAGACUCAUCCAGGUCAAUGCAUGCUAGAGUCUACUAGAGUUACAUAGGGGUGAAAGAGUUAAAGAUUACCAGCAGGUGAAGGUAUUUCAAAGGCAAUUGAUAAAAGAUUACCGGUUGGUGAUUUUUGUUUAUCUAUUUUCUGGAAGAUCAUUAUUAGAAAGUGACCAGGAGUAUCUUCUAUGAUUUGAAAGAAUAUUAUACUGAUGAAUACUUCCAUCUGAUGGCAUAUGAUUGUAUUAUAGGUUAGUGCUAUCCCUUUGGAUCCAUUGUGAUAAAUAUUAAGUGCUAAGCAGAUGGUUGUAUAACUUCACCCAAGUCAUUCAAUAUUGAAUUGCCAAGACACGUUUGUACGCAUUUUUGUCAAAAUAUUUCUAUAUAAAUAGUUGAAAGAUGUGAUAAUAUUGAAUGAUAAUGAUAUUUAUUUGAAUGUGAUGUGUAUGUUAUACAAAUUUAUUUGCUUUUAAAAAUGUCACAAAUAUUGCCGACUGAAUUUGAAGUGAUUUAAUUUGUAUAUAAGUACUAGGAUAUCAAAAUCAGAGAAGCAUACAUCUGUUGUGUGGCCACAUUGUGAAAAAUGAGGAAAUAUCAUCAAGGUAAAAUUCAUUAUAUUCUGUAAUCCCUUUGCUUAUAAAUGCAUGAUUGUUAGGGUGAAUUUAAGCAUUACUUACUCUGCGAUCAUACAGUGUACUGUUCCUUUGAUGUUGCUUUAUUAAGGUUUUACAUCAACUGAUCUGUUCUCUAUCGUUUACCCCUCCUGAACUGUUUCCUCUUUUUGAAUUCUUUAAUGAAGACAACUAUUGGACCCCUUGUAUCUACAUUCAGAUGGUAAAGAUGAUAAAAAUACAUAAAACACAUAGAGAAAUAUCACAACAGCAAUUGGUUGAAGACUCCCUUCCUCCCACUCAGGAUUGCCUGCAGUAACAUUAGUAGUGAUGUAGCUACUAUAGAGUAUGACAUAAGUCCAGUGUUAGCGUGUUAUCAGAUUCUGGUAUGGUGUAGCAUUUUCUCUGAUUCACAGAGAACUCCAUAUUGGUUUAUCUGUACAAAAUAGCACUGUGUCACUCAUCAAGUCAUUUUCUCUUUAAAAAACCAUAAACAAAACAUCUGUUGUUGAGGCGUUUUAUGAUUAUUUAGCACCCAUCACAACACUUAAGUAGUAAAUACACCACUUUCAUGUACAGAGAGAGAGAGACAGUACAGCAAGAGAAAACGGCAUGCCAAUUUGUCAUUGAUUUUUGUACAGUUUUAUUUGUAUGUGAUAUAAUGUGUGUCUUAAUGAGUGAAUACAUUCACUUUAAAUAUUAUGUUUUUCUAAACCACAAUGCACAAGUCCCUGUGAUUACCAUAGUCACUGAUGGGAGCACAAAUCCCUGACUUACAUAGUUACCAUUAGGAGUGAGCGUGUGAAACCCUUAAUAUUGUUUUCAUUUGAAACAUGUGUAGCCAAGGAUAGUGCCUGAAGAACCAGUGUGUUGACAUGGAUGUUGGAUCUGUUUGAGAUAUUGUUACCAGAGAUACUGGAUCUGUGUUCAAACGAGUGGCAUACCAUGGAUACUGGGACUGUGAUCAUAGAAUUACCACAGGAAAUGGCUCUGUGAGAGUGUCAACAUGGAUACAAGUUCUGUGUGGGACAACUGUACCCAUUAAUACAGGGUAUGUAUUAGAUGAGUGUAGCCAUGUAUACAGGGACUGUGUGAGACAAGUGUAGCCAUGGAUAAAGGGUAUGUAUUAGAUGAGUGUAGCGAUGGAUACAGGGACUGUGUGAGACGAGUGUAGCCAUGGAUACAGGGACUGUGUGAGACAAGUGUAGCCAUGGAUAAAGGGUAUGUAUUAGACGAGUGUAGCCAUGGAUACAGGGAAUGUGUGACACAAGUGUAGCCAUGGAUAAAGGGUUUGUAUUAGACGAGUGUAGCCAUGGAUACAGGGACUGUGUGAGACAACUAUACCCAUUAAUACAGGGUAUGUGCUAGACGAGUGUAGCCAUGGAUACAGGGACUGUGUGAGACAAGUGUAGCCAUGGAUAAAGGGUAUGUAUUAGAUGAGUGUAGCCAUGGAUACAGGGACUGUGUGAGACCAAGUGUAGCCAUGGAUGAAGGGUAUGUAUUAGACGAGUGUAGCCAUGGGUACAGGGACUGUGUGAGACAAGUAUAGCCAUGGACACAGGGUUGUGUGGGACAAAGUGUAGCAAUGGAUACAGGAAUAGUGUGAGACAAGUGUAGCCAUGGAUACAGUGUCUGUGAGACAACUAGCCAUGGAGACUGGGUCUGUGUGAGACAAGUGAAGCCAUGGAUACAGGGUACGUGUGAGACAAAUGUUGCCAUGGUUACAGGGUCUGUGUGACAAUUGUGACCAUGGAUACAGGGUUUGGUGACAAAAGGAUAGCCAUGAGUAAAUACCUGGUCUGUGCGAGACAAGUGUAGCCAUUAAUGUAGGGCCCCUGUGAGACAAGUAAUUCCAUGAAAACUAUGGCUGAGUAAGUGGAAUAUGUAAAUUAAACACUAUUGGAGGGUUACCUGUGGUUAUGAAACCAUCAUAAUCUCGGUUUGUGAGAGUGUUAGUGAUAAUAUAUUGAAUCCAAAAUUUCAUUGAAUUAAAC